AUGAUGGUUUACAAGUCUGUACUGGCCGGGUUGGGGUUGCUAUCCCUGGCCAGUUCGUCCUUGAUCGACCUGAAUGUGGACUUGGACUUGGACCUGGGCUUGUCUCUGGGGGGUGAAAAGUGCACUCAUGUCGCGGAGCGCAAAGAAUGGGGAGAAUUGACGAAGUCUGAGCGGAUUGACUAUACCGACGCCGUGUUGUGUCUACAGAAGAAGCCUCAACAUCUCCCGCGGGAAGAAUACCCCGGAGUCCGCAACCGCUUCGACGAUUUUGUCGCCACCCACAUCAACUACACCCUGAACGUCCACUACAGUGCUUUAUUCCUCCCGUGGCACCGCCACUUCCUCUUCCUCUGGGAGACCGCAUUGCGCGAGGAGUGCGAUUAUGCCGGAAAUCUCCCAUACUGGGACUGGCCCAAGUGGGAAGGCGACCUCGGCGCCAGCCCCCUCUUCGACUGCAGCGAGAGCUCCCUCUCCGGCGACGGCGACUACGCCCCCGGCGAACAAGCCAUCGCCGGCGGACCGAUCACCAUCCCCCGAGGCAGCGGCGGCGGCUGUGUGCGUUGCGGCCCGUUCAAAGACAUGCAGAUCCACAUGGGACCCUUCUCACGGAACCCGGCCAUCACGCCAGGGAUGAAGAUCCCCGCCCCGGGCUUCGACUACAACCCGCGCUGCUUCAACCGCAGCCUGAACAACUUCGUCAGCAGCCACUACACUAACGAGACCAUCGUGGAUCGACUGCUGGCAUCGCGCAACAUUAUCGAUUUCCAGACCGUCAUGGAACACUGGCCUGCGCGGCCGGAUGGCGUGCUGGGCGUUCAUGGCGGCGGCCACUUCAGCCUCGGGGCGACUUUGCAGGAUCUGUUCGCGUCUCCGCAGGACCCGGCUUUCAUGCUGCACCAUGGGAUGAUCGAUCGGCUAUGGGCGAUGUGGCAGAGUGAUGAUGAAAAGAAGCGACGACAUGCGCUCAAUGGCACGGACACUAUUCUUAAUCCGCCGACCGCGAAGCAAGUGACGCUCCAGACGGAGAUGGAGUUCGGGGUCCUUGGUCGGUCUCGGUCGGUCGGUCGGACCAUGCAUCCUGCCAAACACGGGUAUUGCUACUCGUACUCGUGA